AUGUUUCCCUCGGCCUUCCUGCCGUUCGUUGCGGCCGCAUUGUUCCCCACCCCAGCUAUCACGCAAGGGGUCAACACAACAACAGCACCCACCGUGCAAGUCCGCAAUGGUACUUACGCCGGUCUAUACAAUCCCACUUACGACCAAGACCUGUUCCUCGGCAUACCCUACGCACAGCCUCCAACCGGCGAACUACGCUUCCGCCCUCCACAAUCUCUCAACACCACCUGGAACGACACCCGGCCUGCAACAGCCUACUAUAAUGAAUGCAUCGGCUACGGCAGCGAUGAUUGGCCCUGGACUGAUGUCGUCUCCGAAGACUGCCUCGCUCUCAGUGUGAUCCGACCUCACGGUAUCAACUCGAGCGCAAACCUGCCCAUCGUCUUUUGGCUUCAUGGCGGCGAGUUCGCACAAGGAGGCACCCGUGACCCGCGCUACAACCUCUCCUACAUCGUCCAACAAUCUCAGGAGAUGCAAGCCCCCAUAAUCGGCGUGACCGUUAACUACCGCCUCUCCGGUUGGGGCUUCCUAUACAGUCAAGAAGUUGCCGCUGAAGGCUCCGCCAACCUAGGACUCCGCGACCAACGACUAGCCCUGUACUGGGUCCAAGAGAACAUCGCCUCCUUCGGCGGCGACCCAUCACGGGUCACCAUCUGGGGUCAGAGUGCUGGUGCCAACAGCGUCGGCCUUCAUAUGGUAGCCUACAACGGUCAAAACGACAACAUCUUCCGCGGUGGCAUCGCCGAGAGCGGCUCCGUUCCCUCCCUCGCAGCAUAUAUGAACGCCUCCGAAGCUCAACCCUACUAUGACGCCGUUGUCAACGCAACAAACUGCACCGGCGCCUCCAACACCCUCACUUGUCUCCGCCAAGUCCCCACCGCCACUCUCAGCUCCAUCUUCAACAGCUCCCUCGUGGCAGGAGCAGGCUACCACCCCGUCAUCGACGGCUCCUUCCUCACCACCUCCGGAAUCACCAAUCUCUACACCGGCCAAUUCUCCAAAACUCCACUCCUCAUCGGCACCAACUUCGACGAAGGCACCAAAUAUGCCCCCCACGGCUACAACACAACCAACCAAUUCAUCUCCCUUGUCCAAGCCAACGGGACAAACCACUCCAGUGCCCUAACUAUUGCCUCCCUGUACCCGGAUAAUCCCGCCGUCGGCAUCCCGGGAACCCUCCAUGGCCGGCCCCCACCUUCCUACGGAUACCAAUGGAAGCGCGUGGCUGCCUUCUUGGGAGAUCUCCUCAUGCAUGCGCCCCGCCGGCUAACGACCCAGAUGCUGGCCCAAUGGAACGUACCUUCCUACGUUUAUCACUGGAAUGUGAUGACACUAGGACCAUUAGAUGGGGCCGCGCACGGUUAUGAAAUUCCGUUUUCGUUUCAUAAUUACGAUUAUCUGGGUGACGCACAGGGAAAUGAUAACGUGACUUGGCCACAAUUGUCUACUAUGAUGUGUCGCAUGUGGGUGAGUUUUAUUAAUCAUUUGGAUCCGAAUUAUAAUAAUAUGACGAAUGUGCACUGGCCGGCUUACACAUUGGACAAUCCGCGAAAUAUGGUCUUUGAUGUAAACGUGACGGGUUUGGCCUAUGUCGAGCCGGAUACUUAUCGGGUCGAGGGAAUUGGUUAUAUCACCAGUAUCUUGCAAAGUGCUUUUAAUCGUUAG